AUGUUUCGUACGCCGUCGCACUCAGAAUGUCGUCCAACCACACCGUCACGUCAGACGUCGACCGUUAUUACAGACGGCAGGAAUUUUACGGCAGACAGCCGGCUGCUGUCGUCAGACGACGAGGAGGAGCUCACAGGCUGGACCGACGGAAGUAGCCGGCAGCCGUUAGCGAGUAAAGCGUCAGGCCGUAAAGGGGACGUAGAGCCGACGGUAUCUGGCAGGAAAAUCAAGGAUGAAACAGGCAGAGAGAAAGGAGGAAGGACGAAGGGGAAAGCGGGGCGCGAUAAAGAGGGCGUGGACAAAGAGGAGCCGAGGAAGGAAGGGAGGAGGAAGGAGGAGAGGAGGAAGAAGUCGCGGUCAUGGAGCGACAUGUCCGCUGAGAGCGACGACCGAUUGCUCGCCACUCACGAUGAUGGAAGCAACCGCGGUGCCGUGAAACCUUGGAACUCUGGGGAAUCUCCCGAAGCGCGCGAUGUUUUGUUGGUUUCUGACCCGAGUGGUCUCGCUAGGGUUGACUCAGCAGGGUCCCCGUCGAACCUGGCGCAGUCGUGGUGGCGCGUGCCUCGGUCACACAGCCGAGCCGAGAGCACAGGCUCGGCGAGCUCAUCAAUUCCCGGGCCUGGCUUUCUGGAAGUCCAGGGUCGGAAGAAUGAGGAUGAAAUUGCGGUCGACCAAUCAGGUGAUGCCAGGUCAGCGUCCCCCAUCCCCCACAUUGGCUUGCGCAAGCAUGUAAAGAGACGACUAUCCAGGAUAUUGGGACACGUGAAAGGGAAGCUUCUGGGUAAUGGGGAAGAGGAGGAAGGGGCGGAUGCUGGGGACAGGUGGGAGGAGGAGGCACGCGCAAGGAAAGGGCACGCGGAGGAGGGCGGGUGGGGAAGAGCGGGGGAGGGGGAGUGGGGGGAGAGCGAGGGGGACGGGGAGGGCAGCGAGAGCAGUUUCGUGCCUGGGAGCGAGGGAGGCAGCGUGGUGGUGUGGAGCGAGUCAGGCACGGUGACCACAGGGGGCGCGUGGAGCGAGGCGGAGAGCGUGGUUAUCCACCACUCCCACGCAUCUCACCCCGCACGCUCCACACCUAGAGUCUCGUCGCAUGACGGCAACAGCAGUGGUGCUGAUAAUGCUGCUGGCCGUGCGUCGAAGCAGCAGCAGCAAGGGCGCAUGGGGGGGCGUGCGGGGAAAGAGCAGGGCCAGAGCAGCAGCGGGAAUGCUUGGGGGAGCGGGUGGAGAGGCGGAGAGGAAGCGGUAGAGGAGGGAGCACGCGCGCAGGUCCCUGUGCGCAAAACUGCCGCGGACUGGUUUGAGGACGAUGAGGAUGACGAGUGGGGGCUCGCUGGCGAGGCGAGGGGGGAAGAAUCUGAGAGCGUGGCGGGGGACGCAGGUGGGAGCGGCAGCUGGGGUAGGAGUGGGAGCGCGCAGCAGCGCGCGCAGGGCGAUGGGAGGGGCGCAGGGGGGUUGACGCGCAAGCCCGUUGACGUGGCUGGGGCGGAUGAGUUUGGUGAGUGGAGCGAGAGCGGUUCUAGCGAGGGGGAGACGGAGGAGGAGAAGAGGCGGAGAGAGGAGGUGCUGCGGAGGCGGAGGGCGCAGGCGGAAGGGGGGCGCGGGGGACGGGGGUCCGCGCAGAGUGGCAGUGGGUGGGGUGGGCGGAAGAGUGAGGAGGAGAGAGGGAAUGGUUGGGAGGGAGGGAGUGGGAGAGAGAGAGGGAGUGGGAAGGAGAGAGGGAGUGGGAAGGAGAGAGGGAGUGGGAAAGAGGGAGGGAGUGGGAGGGAGAGAGGGAGUGGGAGGGAGAGAGGGAGUGGGAAGGAGAGAGGGAGUGGGAAGGAGAGAGGGAGUGGGAAGGAGAGAGCUACGGCUAACAAACAAGAUGCGAGUGAGGCUUAUGUGCAAAGUGACAGCGCCAGGCGAGCAGCAGGCGCAGCAGCCGCGUGGGAAAGGAUUGUGGGGAAGAAAGCAGCCCCUUCCCCUGCUGCACCUACUCAUGCCCCUGCUGCCCCUGCUGCUUCUGCCCCGGCUGCAUCUACCCCUGUCGCGUCCGCCCGUGGUACACCCACCUCAAGAGUCGCCGCCCCCCUGGCAUCCUCAGCCCUCCCUGACUUUGACUCUCUCAGCGACACCACCAGCAGCGGCAGCGACAGCGGUGACGUCAGAUGCAGCAAGAGCAGGCAGCAGGGCAAGGGCAAGGGCAGGGUGUCGAUGGUGCCACACUCGCUUCCAAUGAGUCUCAGUACCACGGAGCACGGCUUUCUCUCCAGCCCUGAGUACGAUGAGGCUCUGGGCAGUGGGCAGGCGCCUUCCAUGCUGCCCAAGUCCUUCCUCCCGCCCUCCCGCAGCCUCACUACCGCUGCUGAAGCCGCUGCUGCUGCUGCUGCGGCUGGUGCUUCUGGGGGCAGCAGCUGGACGUCCAGCCUCGGCGCCCCUGCCUCUGCUGCCAGCCCUGCUGGAGGCUCGGGGAUAGGGUCUGGUGCGGGUCUGGGGUCGUGGAAGAGCAUGAAGCGCCGGCUCGGCCGGGCCACGAGCGUGGGCUCGGUGCAGACGGAUAUGGAUGGGUGGUGGAGUGAGGAUGGGUGGAGCGAGAUGGGGAGGGGUGAUGGGCGGGACGAGGUGGGCAGCUGGUGGGACGAGGAGAGUGUGAUGAGCAGCUUCAGAGGGGAGAGGGGGGGCGGUGGAGGGGGAACAGGGGGGUGGAUGCGGAGUCUGUCUCGAGGGAGCAUUGGAGGGGGAGGGGAGUGGGGGGAGAGUGGAAGUGUCCCAGGCACGCCAUCUUCUGGCCGCCCCAAGACUGCUGACCCGGCAUUCGGCCGCAGUGGACUAGGACGCCUGAAUUCAGGCGAGGGGGGACGUGGAGCGGGGGAGGGGUUGGCAGCAGGGGGGGGAACCGGGGGGGAUGGCGCGGGCGCGGAAGGGGGCGGAGGGGAGGCGGACGUGAGGGCAUCGAGCUCGUUUCUGGUGAACUGGCGGCGCAAGCGGCGGCAACUACAGCAGGAGCAGGCAAGGAUGCAGGAUGCUCUAGCAGCAGGGGGCGGGGUGGGCCGGCCGGAGCGAGGGUCCAGGAGGAUCGUCGCCGCCGCCAAGCCUCUGGUUCGGAUCCGAGGCUCGGGAGUAGGUUCGAUGGGGGGGAUGGACGGGGGAAGGGGGCUGGAGCGGGUGGUUGAGAGGCGUGGGGAGGGGGGUUGGUCGGAAUCAUGCAGUAGUGGGAGUUGUGGUGGUAGUGCCAACAGCAGUGGACGGAGGAUGGGGGAAGCGGACAGCCAAAGCAGCAGCAGGCGAGGGAAUGGUGCUGGGAGCUCCUCCCUUGCUGCUCCGGGUCUCUCACGUACUGCUGCUGCUGCUGCUGCUGCGAGUGGUUCUGCUGGUGGUGGUGGCAGGGGCAUGGGCAGCAGUGGGGCUGCGGGGGGAAGGGCACUGGUGAAGCAUGCGAGCUGGCAGCAGGAGAGGGUGAUCAGGCAGGGCAGCCCAUGGGGGUCCAGAGGCGCAGGCGCAGGGGCAGGCGCGCUUCUGCAAUCCGUGGGGCAGGGGGGGCGUGGGGGCGAGGGGGGACGCGAGGGGGGUGAUGCUAGGGGAAGAGGGGGAGAUGGCGGUGGGAGGGGCGUGGGAGGGCGGCAGUUUGUGCGGCACUUGAGCCUGCAGGAGCGGGGCAGUGGAGGUGCGGGGGGCAUGGAAGCCAAGGUUGUGGAGGGAGGAAGGAGGGCAGCGGGAGGAGGGGGAGGAGGAGGGGGAGGAGGAGGGCUAGGAGGGUGGUUGCCUGGCAGGCCUGGGUUGCCGCCUUCAGGAUCGAUGUCAAGCCGAAGCACUGGCAAGGCGCCACCUGCUUUGAGCCCCACUGCCCCAACUCACAGUGCUGCCACUGCCGCCAUAACUAGCAGUAUCAGCAGCGCCAGCAGCAGCAGCCGGUCAGGGCGGGUUUUUCAGAAGAACCUAAGCCUCCCAGAGGAGAGGAUCUCCCGACGGAGCAGUGGCCACUGGGACGCUGCCACGUCAGCAGCAGGAAGCGACUCAAACCCCAGAACCCCUCAGCUAGCCAGUCCAGCUGGCCGCUCCCCAUUGGCUGGCAGGGGGCUGAGCGCGGCUGAGAGGGGGGGAAGCAGGGAUUGGGGGGCAGGGCGAGCAGGGGCGCCCGAGACAGCAGGGGGGACAACAGGUGAGCGGAGGUUUGUGCGGCACCUGAGUCUGCAGGAGGAGGGGGGCGGCCGUCACAGGAAGAGCUUCAGUCAGUGGUCCUUAGGCCUGGGCCUCGUUGCUGCUGCCGCCUCACCUGUAACCCCAGGCUCGGUGGGAGGCUCGGAGCGCAGGUCCGGGCUGGGUGGUUCGGAGAGGCGGCUGGCUCGGAGGAUGAGUUUGGGAGGUGGGGAGGUGUUCAGUGCUAGCGAGUUGGGGAUAGCUGUGGAGCAGUGGGAGGGGUGGCGCGAGGGUGUGGGGGGACUACUGAGAAAGGUGGCGGGGGGUAGCAAGGACGAGAGCACAGCAGGUGCUGCUGCUGCAGCAGGGACUGGUGGGAGGCGCAGUGGUGGUGUGGGGGGACAGCAGCAGAGCAGCUUGGCAGGGGGGAGUGGGGCGGAGGCGGGUGAGAGGGGAGCGGGGGGCGCGGGGGAGGCGAGGGCGGAGAGGCGGGCACGGUACGCCCUGAGGGGCGUGCAGGGCAGCCGGCUGAGGGAGCGUGCGUUCAGACAGCGCUGGGGUGCAGGUGGGGCGACGCCUGUUGUGGAAGAGGGUGAGGAGGAAGGCGAGGAGAGUGAAAGGAGCACAGCGGGCGAGGUGGGGGUGGCGGAUGGGGAGGGGAGGAGAGUGCAGAGUGAGGUGGAAAGGAGGGCGGAGGGCAAGGGGGAGGGGGGGGCCAAGGGUGCGAGAAACGGAGAGCGGAAGAGUGAGGUGAAUGGGGAGAGGAAGGGGGAGGGGAAUGGGGUGGAAGCGGAGGAGAACAAGGGGGGGGGGAAGGGCGAGGGAAGGAUGGAAGAGACGGAGCAGGAAAAGGAGGAGGUGAAGAAGGAACAGGGGCUGCAAAGUGUCUCUGAGAAGAGGAGGAUGAGAGUUGGAGAGGAUUCGAAUGAGAACCAUGAACGACUGAGAGGAGGUGAGGAGGCAGAGGGGAGAAGUCGCAGGGUAGAGCAGGAGGCGGUGAGAACGAGUGACGGAACGAGAGGGGAGAGUGGUGGUGGUGGGGACGAGGACAACAGGGAGGUCCGAAGGAGGAAUGAGGAGGGUGUGCGCGGAGGUGGGGAGAGCGCAGCAAGGGGUGAGGAAGCAGGGCAGGGCAACACUGAUGCGGGCGGUGGUGGGGGCGGUGGUGGGGGCGGUGGUGGGAGUGGUGGUGGGGGUGGUGGUGGGGGCAUUGAUGGGGGACGUGAAUUGCCGUGGAAAUCAGGAUGGCAGAAGCAGGCGGGGCAAUCGAUGUGGGUGUAUGAGGCACGUGGGGAAGAGAAGGAGAUGGGCCAUGCGGUGAAGGCGGAGGAGCAGUUUCAGAGACACACACAUGGUGAGAUGAAGGGGCAGGGGGAGACGAAGGAGAAGGAGAAAGACAAGGAGCGGGAGAGGGAGCAGGAGAGGGAGCAGGAGAGGGAGCAGGAGAGAGAGAAGGCUAAGGAGAGAGAAAAGGAGCAGCAUGAGAUGCAGAGGGGGCAUGGGCAGGGAAGCGUGCAGCGAAACAUGGCAGGGCAAGAGCUGCUGCAUGCAGAGGGGGUUGGGAAGGAGGGGAGGGCGGGUGUGGGUGCAGACGCAGGCAGCACAAGUCUGUUGACCCGCAGCUCUAGUGUGCCACAUCCUGCUGCCCUUGCUGUGCCUCACCCCCAACCUGCUCCUGCUGUGUCCCGUCUCUCUGACCCGUCGCGCUCUAGCUCACAGCGUCAGCAGCACCAGUCCCCGCGCCACCUACCGCAGUCCCCACAGCACCCCCAUGAGCAGCAGUCUCCGCACCACCAGCACCGCCAGCCCGGUCGACCCAGAGGCCUCGUGAAGACUCUCAGCCUGCCGCCCUCUGCUCUCUCCGCUGCUGCUUCUGCCUCUAGUGUUCACACUGUUGCACCUGGAGGGCCUACUUCUCCACUGCACCUUUCCUCCCUGGCACCACGCUCUGUUCUACCCGCGCUGCGCCCCUCUUCCCCCGCGCUGUGCCCCUCUUCCCCCUCACUGCGCCCCUCUUCCCCCUCUCUGCGCCCCUCUUCCCCCUCACUACGCCCCUCGUCCCCCUCACUACGCCCCUCGUCCCCCACUCCCUUACCCAAUGGCCGGGGGAGUGUGAGGCGUGCAGGGGCACGAGCAUCUGAGCGCCCCUCAACGGCCCCAUUACAGCGCUCCUCCACUGCCCCUCAGGAGCGCCCCUCAAUCACGCCACUGCAGCGCCCGUGCUCCCCUCAGCCUGCACUGCACAAGGCAGUGGGAGCAAGGGCGCCUGAGCAUCGCAGCACACAUGCAGCCGCCCGUUCAGCCCACGUGCCUGCCCCCCACCCUCACCCUGCUGCCUAUCCGUCCCCUGCCACUCAGUCUUCCCCUGUUGUCAUCUCAGCCUCUGCUGUUGACCCUCCCCUUGCCACGCCAGUGGAGCAGCUGGCAACGGGCAGGGUGGGGAGUGAGGCGGGUGCGGCCCUGGACGGACGCAGUGUGGGUGUGGGAAGAAGGGGUGGAGGGGCGGGCAGUGGGCGCAACAGUGAGGAGCAUGGGAGUGGCAGGUCGAGCGGCAGUGUGGGUGGGAGUGGGAGGUCGAGUGGCAGUGCGGGUAUGAGCGGGAAGGCAACCGGCAAUGUGGUUCGGUGCAGGAGAGCAAGUGGGAGCGGGGAGAGCAACGGGAGUGGCGUGCGAAUGAGUGCGGACGAGGGUGAGGGCGAGGGUGAGGGCGAGGGUGAGGGCGAGGGUGAGGGUGAGGGUGCAGGUGGCAGCAGGAGAGAGGAGCGGCAGGAGGGGAAUGCUGGAGGUGAGAAAGGGAAGAAGGGAAAGGAGAGGGAAGUGGGGAGGAAGGGUGGGCAGAGGAGAAAGUCGCAUGAGGAGGGGUUGGAGGGAGAGAAGGGAGAGCGGACGCUUGGGGAUGGGGACAGGGAGGAAUCGGAAGAGUUGGGGGCUGAGAGGGUGAGCGCGGAAGGGGAGGAGAGUGGAGAGCACGGGGGAAGGCAUAAGAAGCUGGCGAAGGGGUGUGAUGGGCACAUGCAUGCAGGGGUGGGCAGGAGUGGAGGCGCUUGCAAGGAGAAACGGCAGGAUGAGGAGCACAAGAGAGGUCAUGAGAGGUCAGGAAGCAAGGAGAGCAGCAGGCACGAGAAGGGCCGUGAGAAAGGUCUCGCGGUGGAGCAUGGGGAGGGGAGGGAGCAGCAGGUUCUGACCCCGAAGCACCCAGAAAAGAGCCCGAGGAAAGCAGGGAAGGCCUCUAAGAGCCCAAAGGGUGCAGCAGCAGUGAAGAGUCCAAAGAGGUCUAAGAAGAGCCCGAGGGAGGUGGAGAAACGGCACGGAAGGCACGACGCGAGAGACGAGGGGGGAACAGCUGUGGAGAUGGUGGUGCAUAGGGUGCAGGUGAAGGGUGGAGAGCAAGGGCUUGUGAUAGCAGGGAAGGAGGAGAGAGUAGGGGGGGAUGGGGCAGGGAAGGAGGAGAGAGUAGGGGGGGAUGGGGCAGGGAAGGAGGGAGGACGAGAACAGAGGGACUUGGAUAAGGUGGCGGAGGGGGGUGAGGGUGGGAAGGGGGAACGGGAGAGGAAAGGGGAGAAGCAGCGGAGGGAGAAGCGGCACAGUAGGGAAGAGAAGGGAAAGCAUGGGGGGGAGAAGGGGGAGGGGGAAGUGGACACGGGGAAGCACGGGGGGAAGAAAGAGGGGAAGAAAUCGAAAGAGGGGCAAACGAAGGGAGAGAGUUUGGGAGAGAAGGGAAGCCAUGAGGAGAAGCAAGGGGAGCAUGGGAAGCAUAGGGAGGAGAAAGGGAAGCGUAGGGAGGAGAAAGGGAAGCAUAGGGAGGAGAAAGGGAAGCAUAGGGAGGAGAAAGGGAAGCAGGAGGAAGAGGGUGAGCAUGGGGAAGGGGCUUGUGGGACUGGUGGUGGUGUCAAGGCAGAGAGGGAGGCGGGUGGGAGGGAAGGAGGAGCGAGGCGAGGGAGGGAUAGGGAGAAGCGGAGGAAGAGCAGCAGUGGGUCCGACUCCGUGCUCUCACAUACCCAUGCCUCCCUGGCCUCACCUCUGGACCACUCCUUGCCUCCCACCCCUACCGCUGCUGCCGUUACUGCUGCUGCGGCAGAGGCCACGCCAUGCCUCACCGCUUCCAGCAGCUGUGCCUCUUCCUCAGACGUCAGUCUGGAUCUGCAUGCCCAUCCGCACGCACCCAUGCAUGGUGCUGUGCAUGCGCCCCUUGAUGCGGCACAUCCCCUCGUACACACUUCUGCUGCAGCACCCAUCCAUGCCACACCUCCCCCUGCGCCCGGCACAGCAUGCCAAAACGGGACAGCUGGCACUUGUGAUGAUGGUGGCAUUGGUGGCGACGGCACUGACUCGCAGCAGCAAGCCCAGGCAGCUUCACACUUGGAGGAGCUGCUUGGUAAUUCGAACAGCACUGCUGUUGCCGGUGCUGCUGCUGGUGCUGCCGUAGUGGCUGCUGAUGCGCAUGGAGGUGUGCGCCUGGAAGGCAGCACACGGCGGCAGACAUUAGGACAGCAGGGGUGGGUGCAGGAUGGUGGGGAUGCACUGCCGUGUGGUGAUGGGGAGGAGAGGAGAGAUGAUGAGGAGCAAGGGGGAAGCGGGGAGGAGUUGGAGGAAGGGGAGUUAGGGGAAGAAGGGGAGGAAGUUGAAGAGGAAGAGGAGGGGGAAGAGGGGGAGGAGGGCAAGGAGGAGGAGGGGGAGGAGGACGAGGAGGAGGAGGUGGAGGAGGACGAGGAGGAGGAGGGGGAGGAGGACGAGGUGGGCAGAGAGGUGCAGGUGUAUGGCAUGGUGCCUGUGGAAGACGAGCUGUUGCUGGUGGGGGUGGAAGAAAGUGAUGCAUGCGAUGCUGCAAGUGGUGGCGCUAGUGGGGAUGUGUCCCAGGAUCAGCUGACUGGGGAGCAGAUGGAAGCAGAGCAGCAGGAGCAGGCGCAACAGCAGGAGAACGGGGAGCAAGAGGAGCAAGCGCAGGAGCAGCAGGAGCCGCUGCCGAUUGCGGGGUCUGUGCGAGCAGAGGAGGGGCGAGAGAAGGAAUCCGCUGCAGCUACAGCACGUCAGGGCUUGCAGAAAGAAGCUUCCACUGUGGAUGAUAGUGACGUGGCAGGUGCUGGCGACGCAGAUCGUGAUGUGGCAUGUGGUGACAGCGCAGGUGAUGACAUGGCAGGUGGUGACGUGGCAGAUGAGGCCAGUGCGAGGGCAGAAACUGUGGUGGAUGCAGCAUCAGCAGACGCUGCAAGGGAUACCGGCCGGGAGGCAUCCCAGCCUGCUACCAGCCACGUGGGGAUUGGCAGCAGCAGCGAGGCGAGCAGGGAGGAUGGCGAGAGUGGUUCAGAGGAGGAGCAAGGGGCUGUGAGCGCUUGCAAUGAGGGGGAGGGGCAGGGCCGCAAGGCAGCGCUGCUCUCACCUCUGCACCUGGGGUCGUUCAAGCUCUCUGCUUGGAGCCCUGGCAGUGCUGCACUCGAGGGUAGCAGGGGGGACAGCAUUGGCGCUGCCGUCAAGGGCACGGAGGAGCAGAGGAGCUUCCGCUUCCACCCCGCUAGCUCUCUUGUCAUCCACGUGCCCCGCACCGCGUCCCCCUCUCCCCCCCACUCCCCGGUCUCCUCCUCGCCUUCCUCCUCUGCCCUUACACCCGCACCAACCACCCCCACGGCCCCUCUCACUCCCUCCACGCCGCUCACUCCCUCCACGCCGCUCACCCCCUCCACGCCGCUCACCCCACGGCGCAGCAUCUUCACACCUCGCUCGCUGCUCUCUGCGUCGCUUGGUGCGUUUACUGGCGGCACAGGCAGUGGCCUGGGCAAGGGGCGAGCAGGCAGCAGCAACACCGGAAAGAGGGGGACUCCCAGCAAGGCUGGCGACAGCUGGUUCAGGAGCAGCAGUGCCAGCAGUGCUGCCACUUCUGUCAGCGCUUCUGGUGCUGCUGCAGGUUCAAGUGGCACUGGUGCAGCAGGUGCGGCUGGGGGAGGUCGUACUCGUGGCUUUGGUGGUGGUAGCUGGAUUGAGGGGAGGAAGCCAAGGAGCGAGCACUCUUCAAAGGAGCAACGGCAGCAGAAGCAGCAGCAGAAGGAGGAAGAGGAGCAGGGGAAGGGGAAGGCAAAGGCGGGGAAGGGGCAGAGGCAGGGCGAGCAGCAGCGGCCGAAAACAGCCUCUGCAGCAAUAGGCCGGGCAAAAGGACGGUUGGGGCAGUCUGGGACAAUUAACAGUGGCAGCAGUGGUGCCACAGCCGCGCAUGUGAAGGGCAGCACUGGCGUUGCCAGCCCCAAACUCCCUUAUGCUCAUGAUCCCAUCGCCCUGGACAUGCCCUCCACGACCAGCCAUGCAGCCACUCCACGCAAGGGAGAUAGCGAAGCAGGGCAGCAGCAAGAGCAGCAGAGAGGGUGUCAACCGGCAGUGGGAGGUGAGUGGGACAACGUCAGCAGCAGCAUCAACAGCAGCAGUGGUGGCGAGCACGGGACGUCCAGAGGAGGCACAGGCAGCCAGGGGACUGCUAGGAAGGAGGGCACGCCUGCGCAGCAAGGAGGAAUGGUAGCUGGUUCUGAGGGAGCGUCAGGUGGUGCUGACGGCAAGAGUGACAGAGCAGCGGCGGCAGGCGCUAAGGGGAAACUGCCGUCAUUGCUUGAGAGGCUGGUGAUAGGUCGGUAG